GACAUGUAUUUAUGCAUCUAUACCAAGAGACAACGACCAGUGACCAAUUUUCCCUGUUCUAUCAUAUCAUAACAGCCAGAUAGAUAAAAGCUGAAUGGAUCCAUCUUACUGUGCUAAACAGUAGGCUAUAUCAGAAUACUACUCUACUGUAUGUUAUGGAGGAAGCUAUAGCUAAUAAAAAGGAGCUCCGUGUAAGAAAAGGAGCACAUCAUCUGCGUCCUGCUCUCUCCUUUAGCUGUUAUUUUGAUGGAGGCGCACUUCACUUCAUUAUAUCCAGGCUUUAAGGGAGCAGGUGCAGGAAAAAAAGGUUAAGCAUCACCACGGAGAAUUGGAGAAUCUGAUUUUAUAGCAGAGAGGAGUUUAUUUUUCCGUGUGACAAGAAGAUGGUCGCCAAACAGAGGAUCCGAAUGGCCAACGAGAAGCACAGUAAAAACAUCACGCAGAGGGGCAACGUGGCGAAGACGCUGCGACCACAAGAGGAGAAAUAUCCAGUGGGACCAUGGCUUUUGGCACUCUUUGUAUUCGUUGUUUGUGGAUCAGCUAUCUUUCAAAUCAUUCAGAGCAUCCGAAUGGGUAUAUGAGCCCUGCACCUCCACAACGCAUCCAUGAGAUCGGAGACCAUUAGUCACAGUAGUAAGGAAAACUGGAGGCUGCAGUUCUGAUCGUCAGCUGUAUGCUAAGGAGACAAGUCCUGUGCACAGUACAUGAUAUUGCCAUUCACUUGUUUACAAUGUACCUGGAUAACGGGAACUUUUUUACUGAACCAUUUUGGCUUGCUUUGUCACCCUCAUGUCUGAACAUGGAUCAUAUUUAUGUAAUACAAUGUGUGCUUUUGUAACCAUUAUUCUUGUGCCACAUUUUCUUUUUAUGUGGUUUGUUCUGUUGGUGUCCUGUAAGACAGUUUUGAAAAUAAAUUCUACAAAUUUGGGAAAUGUCCAUUUUAGUUUUGCUUUUGUAAAUAUACAAAGUAUCAUGCAGAAGGUAAGAAGAGCA